AUGUGGGAGUAUAAGGCAUUGCAGACUGACAAGAAAGAUGACAAGAAGAACAGUAAAUUCAAUAAUAAAAUUAAUGAAAAGAAGAAUAAGAAGAGCUCUACAAAUGUCUCAUUCAACUUUUUCAACACAAAUUCAAACUUCAAUGUAAAUUUCAGCUUCAAUUUGAGCAGUUGUAUGAACAUUCUCAACCAAGUGACUGUCCGCAAUAAUGAAACAGCCAUCAAUUUUCCCAGCAGUGUCAAGGGCCUGACUGUGAUGACUGCAGAUUCCAACUGGUAUCUUAAUACAGGUGCCAGUUUUCAUAUUACAAAUAAAUGGAGCCUUCUUCACCAUACAAGAAUGUCAGAGGGUGAAGAGCUUCAAGCAGUCUGUUGA